AUGACGAAUGACUCGAAAUCUUCUCGGGGUACUGGUCGUGGUGCAGGUCGUGGUGCUACCAAAGCAAAGCCUCGUGUUGUCGGUUCGCGCGUUGGCUCGCCCGGCUCUGUUUGGUCGACAACUACCACGUCCAAGCUGGGCCGUAGCCCAGUCAGCCCAGUAGCGAAGCUACACAAAGCCCAGGGACAUUCUAUGACGAAAACCACCCGUAAGAAAGAUCAUGUGGCGAUACAUGGCCAAUGUUUGGAUGUGAUGGACCAAGUUCAAAAAGAGUUUGAACAAGCUCUCCAGAAGAUGGACGACGAGAGAGCCCAUGAGUUCCAGGCAAUGCAGCGUCUACAUGAAGAAAAAGCUCGGGAGACUUCAAAACUGCAGCAGGCUAUCACGGCAAAAGACAAAAUCUUGGAGGAGAAUCAGAGGCUUGAAAAAGAACUCUGCCGAAUGAAGCAGCAGCAGGAGUCGCUUGAGGCCACCAGACAGGAUCAGGUCUCGUGGAACGAUAUUCAGCCGGUCCUGCGUCAGACGCAUGGUGAGCUGCUAUCGGCCACCACACAGCUCUGGAACACCAUCGAUGCUCUGCAGAGUGGAAGACCGGUGCCUUUGUUGCCUAGCUCUGAAGUAAUGCACGUAACUUGGCCCAACCAGAACGCCACGCUUGAGAAUUUGGGGCACAAUGCUCUACCAGGGUUCUCCACAUCGAGUAACUACCCAUUUACUCAGCAAGUGGCAAUACCAGCCAACCAGUAUGAAUCUAUUGUGUGA